CUGGGCGGAGCUGGAAGGUUGUGGUUAGCACUCCCCACCACAUUUUUACAACAGCACCACACACCCGGCCGGAGAGUGAGGAAACUCCCCAGCGGAGUAUUUAACUACAGAGGUUUCCUUCAGGCCGGUAUUUGGUCAAAUAGCGUAUGUUUGUUCGCUAAAUGAAGACUGAGACAAAAGCCCGAAGACCCACACAGGUUGCCCGCAUCCCCCCAGACUCCUGCGUGGCCCUCCAGACGAGCGCAGCUUGCCACAAAGCGGCGGUACCUCCGGUUUAGUGAACAUAAUCCUGUUGCUGAUAUUGUGGGUUCAACAUUUGUUGGUUUAAACGCUUCAUAUGACUUCUGGUUAUUAUUUUCAGUGCAAAUAGUUAUUGAAUGACUGCCAAUUGUCGGUUUUGAAUUCCUAAGGUCGUUAUAUUGCAGUUUGUUUCCGUAGCCUAAAGAGGCACGAGAGAUCACAAAGGUGGCUAAUGUUAGCGACUAGCUCGCGACACAAACGAGUUCCAUCUCCAUACGUAACUUCGAAAGGUCGUUCGGUGUGCUUACACGGGACUAUUCGCAUCAAGCAGCAGAACACACAUUUGUAACGGGGAGCCAAAUACUAUUUGCCUAGUUAGUUGGCUAUCUUGCUGGAACGGCCAGCUUCCUUGUAUCACAUAACAAAUGGGCUAGUGUUAGCUAACGCUGACUGAGCUGCAUUUAAUAUUGUCGCACAAGUAAGGAAAUGAAGACGUUCAUUUAAUUUAGUAGUUUUUUUAGAUUAUCAAUAUGAUGGCAUUUUAAUGAGAAUCGACUUUAAGCUAACAAUCAAGGAAGAUAACUUUAGCUAUUAUAUUUGUAUGUAUCAAUCACAUUUUAGUUUGAUUUGAGUCGCUGAGAGCCAACGAAAAGGACUGGAGUUGGGAUAUCAAUUGACGAUCGGAAUUAAUUCUGUCCCUGGUUUUAACCGGAUUUUUUAGCCUCUUUGGAUCGACGUGGGAGCAGCGGGAUUUCGACGUCCACUCUUAUCUGUCACUGUCGAUAUUUUUUCCUCUCCCUCCUCCCCCACAACCGUUCCCCGUUUCUUUCUCCGAUGCGGAUUGUUGAGUAGCACCGGCAACCAAAUCAAUACGGCAGCCGGACAUGCUGAAGUGUAUCCCUUUGUGGCGCUGUAACCGCCACGUCGAGUCGGUGGACAAGCGACAUUGCAAUUUGCAAAAUGUCCCCGACGAGAUAUUCCGCUACAGCCGCAGUCUGGAAGAGCUUCUCCUCGACGCCAACCAACUCAGAGAUUUACCCAAGCCUUUCUUUAGACUUCUGAACCUGCGGAAGCUGGGCCUGAGUGACAAUGAGAUCCAGAGGCUCCCUCCUGAGGUGGCCAACUUCAUGCAGCUGGUGGAGCUCGACAUCUCCAGAAACGACAUUCCUGAGAUCCCCGAGAGCAUUAAGUUCUGCAAGGCGUUGGAGAUUGCAGACUUCAGUGGAAACCCCCUCUCCAGGUUGCCUGAUGGUUUCACUCAGCUGCGAGGGCUCGCCCACCUGGCCCUCAACGACGUGUCACUGCAGACACUGCCCAACGACAUAGGAAACCUGGCCAACCUGGUGACGCUGGAGCUCAGGGAGAACCUGCUCAAGUCCCUGCCCACGUCGCUCUCUUUCCUGGUGAAACUGGAACAGCUGGACCUGGGCAGCAAUGAACUGGAAGUAUUGCCAGACACACUUGGUGCUCUCCCUAAGCUACGGGAGCUGUGGUUGGACCGUAACCAGCUCUCCUCAUUGCCACCAGAGCUGGGGAACCUGCGGAGGCUGGUGUGUCUGGACAUGUCAGAGAACCGCCUGGAGGAGUUGCCCUCGGAGCUGAGCGGCCUGCUGGCCCUCACUGACCUGCUGCUCACACAAAACCUCCUGGAGGUGGUCCCUGACAGCAUAGGCUCUCUGAAGCAGCUGUCCAUCUUGAAAGUGGACCAGAACCGACUGACCCACCUGAGCGACUCCAUAGGAGAGUGUGAGAACCUGACGGAGCUCGUGCUGACCGAGAACCUCUUACAGACUCUGCCUCGCUCGCUGGGCAAGCUGAAGAAGCUGACCAACCUGAAUGCGGACCGCAACCGGCUGGGCAGCGUGCCCGAUGAGCUGGGCGGCUGCGCCAGCCUCAACGUGCUCUCCCUCAGGGACAACCGUGUGGCCAAGCUGCCUGCUCAACUGGCCGACGCCACCGAGCUCCACGUGCUAGACGUGGCAGGGAACAGGUUACAGAACCUCCCGUUUGCCCUGGCCAACCUCAACCUGAAGGCCAUGUGGCUGGCAGAGAACCAGUCCCAGCCCAUGCUCAAGUUCCAGACGGAGGAUGAGGAGAACACCGGGGAGAAGGUGCUCACCUGCUACCUGCUACCCCAGCAGCCUUCCUCUAGCCUGGAGAACUUGCUCCAGAACAGUGUGGACGACAGCUGGACAGACAGCAAUCUGAACCGCGUGUCAGUCAUCCAGUUCCAGGAGGAGACCACCAAGCAGGAGGCGGAGGACGACGAGGCGGCCGCGGAGCGCAGGGGUCUCCAGCGGCGGGCGACACCACACCACAGUGAGCUGAAAGUGAUGAAGAAAGGGAUUGAGGAGAGGAGGAAUGAGGCCUACACUUCCAGAGCUGAUGGAGAGACGGAGUCCCCUGGUGCUGAGGAGAAGCGGCUGAGCGAUCUGUCCAAUCAGAGCCACGACUCUGCGGCGUCCAACAGCACGGCCUCGGCCAACUCCCACGAAGAGAGGCGGGGCCUGAUGACCACAGACCUGGUGGGUGGGCGUGGGCCCCAGGAGGAGGAGGAGCUAGAUGAGAUGGAGGUGGAGUACGUAGAGCCCACGGUGCACUUUGCAGAGGAGCCUGUGUACCGGGGUGGGGACGAGAAUGGUGGCGAUGAGGAGGGCGAGGAUGGGGUCCCACACAGCUCCGAAGAGGAACAACAGAGGCCCCAGUUCCCCACGGAGAAGCAGCGUCUGAUCAGGAAGGACACGCCGCACUACAAGAAGAACUUCAAGAUCACCAAGCUGCCAAAACCCGAGGCGGUGGCCGCGUUACUGCAGGGCUUCAGCCCCGACGCUCACCUGGCCCAACACCCCGCCUCGCACCACACUGCCCCGGAGGAGGAGGAGGAGGAGGAGGAGGAAGGGGAGGAGUGUAUGGUAACUCCACAGCGCCACAACAGGAUAGAAGAGCCAGAGCUGGAGGAUAGGAGUCUGCUUCAUGCCAACUCCUCCCUGCAGCCGGUCAAGGGGGUGUCAUUUGAUCAAGUCAAUAAUCUGCUGAUUGAGCCUGCUCGAAUUGAGGAGGAAGAGCACAACCUGACCAUUCUACGGCAAACUGGGGGUCUGGGCAUCAGCAUAGCCGGAGGAAAGGGAUCCACACCCUACAAGGGGGAUGAUGAGGGCAUCUUCAUCUCCAGGGUGUCUGAGGACGGACCUGCGGCCAGGGCUGGGGUCAAAGUGGGAGACAAACUCCUCGAGGUGAACGGCGUGGCCCUCCAGGGGGCGGAGCACCACACGGCGGUAGAAGCCCUGCGCAGCUCGGGCACCGCCGUCUCCAUGAGCGUCAUCCGGGAGCACAUGGUGGAGCCGGAGAACGCCAUCACCACCACGCCGCUGAGGCCCGAGGACGACUACUUCCCCCGGGAGAGACGGGCCAGCGGGCUGCCCUUCUGCAUGGAGGCCAGCUCCCCCGCAGGCCCCCGACACAGGCGGUCUGCCUGCCUGGUCCGCAACGACAAGGGCCUGGGCUUCAGCAUCGCCGGGGGCAAGGGUUCCACAGCUUACCGCACGGGGGACUUGGGGAUCUACAUCUCCCGAAUCGCAGAGGGAGGGGCGGCCCACCGAGACAGCACGCUCCGCGUCGGGGACAGGGUCAUCACCAUCAAUGGUGUAGACAUGACAGAGGCCAGGCAUGACCAGGCAGUAGCGCUGCUUACCGGCACCUCCCCCACCAUCGCCCUCCUGGUGGAGCGCGACCAGGCCGAGCCGGGCACCGCAGGGGGCUCCCCGGGCCUGUCCCGUGCCCGCGCCCACUCCCCCCCGCCCCCAGAGACCUCCGACUCGCCUGAUCAGGAGGAGGGCAACGACGACUCGCCCCACGGGACCCACCUGAGCCGGCCGCUGCAGGACGAGUACCCCAUCGAGGAAGUGAUGUUGGUGAAGGCGGGCGGCCCUCUGGGACUGAGCAUCGUGGGAGGCAGCGACCAUGCCAGUCAUCCGUUCGGCAUCAGCGAGCCUGGUGUCUUCAUCUCGAAGGUGAUCCUGCAUGGCUUGGCGUGUCAGAGUGGGCUGCGGGUCGGGGACAGGAUACUGGAGGUGAACACCAUCGACCUGCGCCACGCCACCCACCAGGAGGCUGUUAAAGCCUUGCUCUCCAACAAACAGGAGAUCCGCAUGCUGGUGCGCAGAGACCCCUCACCGCCGGGGAUGCAGGAGAUAGUGAUCCAGAAGCAGACUGGAGAGAAGCUGGGCAUCAGCAUACGUGGCGGUGCCAAAGGCCACGCUGGCAACCCUUUCGACGCCACCGAUGAGGGCAUCUUCAUAUCCAAGGUGAGCUCCAGUGGUGCAGCGGCCAGAGACGGCCGUCUGCUGGUGGGCAUGCGGAUCCUGGAGGUGAGCAACCACAGCCUGCUGGGCAUGACCCACACGGAGGCCGUGCGCGUUCUCCGCGCCGUGGGAGACACACUGUUCAUGCUGGUGUGUGACGGCUUCGACCCAGGCAACGCUGCCGCCAUAGAGGCGUCGCCGGGCAUCAUUGCCAACCCCUUUGCGGCGGGCAUCGUGCGUAAGAACAGCAUGGAGAGCAUCUCCUCUAUAGACCGAGACCUGAGUCCUGAGGAGAUAGACAUCCUACAGAAGGAGGUGGAGGUAGCGCGAGAGACGUCCCAGUGGGAGAGAGAAGAGGUGGAGCGCAUGCGCUUGGAGCGUGAGGAGGCUACUCGCCUGCUAGAAGAGGAGACAGAGAACCUUGGCACUGGACCUCUGAAUCUGGACUACCGGACGCUGGCCGCAUUGCCCACCACCGCUCUGCAGAAGGUCAACAGGGCAUCCUCCACUGAGCCCCACAGGACAGACAGUCCCAUUAGAGAUGCCCCCUACUCACCUAGCACACAACCGCCCAGUGCUCAUUCCUCCACCAGCUCCCUGUGUGCAGGCAGGGAGACCCGUUUCGCAAGCAUUCAUUUCCCCCCCACUGCACUGCCUGCCAAGAAUAACUCGCCAUUGAGUCCCUAUGAGACGAGGCCGGGUUCCAUCCAGCCACUCUCCCGUGGUGGCGGGCGGCCAAGCACCUCGCCAGGCACUCCGGACGGGCACAGCAGAGACGGGCACAGCAGUCCCAACCCCUUCCAGCAUGGCCCCUCCCCCAUCAACUCCCAGACCUCUCUGCAGCUUCGUGCCCCCUCCCCUGACACGAUCGAUGAGUUCUCCCUGAACCCCAAGCAGGCAUACAAGGCGUUUGCCGCCGUGCCUCACUCGCUGGCCAUGCUGGAGCCGCCGCUGCAGGACCUGUAUGGCCAGAGGAACAACGUCCACUCCAACCUGCCUUCUCCUUCUCCAGAGCCUGAGCUGAACAACGAGGUGUUUGAGGAUAAGGUAGAGGGGGACGGAGGACUAGGUGCAGGUCUUGCAGCCCCCGUCUCUCCCCGACCCUCCCUCUCCUCUGACCGUCGGGACUAUAUGAGUCUGGCAGCAGUGCCACGCCUCUCCAGAGCCUCAAUGGACAUGGUUGUAAAGACUCCAUCUCCUGGGGGCAGAGACAGCCCAGAGCAGCGCUCCUUCAGGGACAGACAGAAGUACUUUGAGAUCGACAUGAAGCAGCAGACGCCUGACAGCAAGCCCAAAGGCCGCGUGUCCCUGGUGGGAGCAGAUGACCUGAAGAAGAUGAGGGAGGAGGAAGAGAGGAGAUUCGAGCAGCGGGCGCGGGAGUACCUGAUGGAUGACGAUGAUGAGGAGGAGGACGACCUGGUGAAGCAGAUGGGAGUGUUGAAGGCCACGGGCAAGGUGUUGCUGGACGGGGUGGAGUACAAGGUGGAGCCUGUGGCCACGCCCCCCAGGCACUAUAACACGCCCCCCAGCUACAGUGCCACGCCCCCUAGCUACUGUGGCAGCUCAGGGCCCUCGUCAGUGGAUGGUAAAGGAGACUCCCAGAGGAAUUCCUUAGAGGAGAGCUUCAGGUUAGAUCAGCAGCGGCCCAACUCCAUGACUGGUCUGAUCCCAGUGUACCCUGGAGAGUCGGGGGCUCCCAUCCGGACGGCCAAGGCAGAGCGGAGGCAACAGGAGCGGCUGAGGAUGCAGAGUCCAGAGCUGGCCCCGGCCGGAGACAAGGACCUGUCCCCCGCCGAGAAACGGGCUCUGGAGGCCGAGAAGAGAGCCAUGUGGAGGGCAGCAAGGCCCUAUGGCCUAGAGGAGGAUGUUAGGCAGUAUGAGCAGGACCUGGCUAAGAGGCUCUACCAGUCGCGAGUGAGGGCGUCUCAGGGCACCGUGCCGCCCCCUCAGCCCCAAAACGCUGCCGCUUCCUCCGCUGCCUCCCAGCUCAGGAUGAAGUCUCUGGAGCAGGAUGCUCUGAAGGCUCAGAUGGUCAUCGCUAAGUCUCGGGAGGGAAAGAAGCGUGGCACACUAGACCAGCUGGCCGAGUCACCCUCGCCCGCCCCCACGCCAUCCCCCACCCCUCUGGAAGAUUUCAGUCCCAGAGGAGUGACGUCACCAGGCAGACUGUCCCUGUCGGAAAAGAAGUUUGACUACCGACAGUUUGCUGCCAUUCCUUCUUCCAAACCCGUAUACGACAUCCAGUCCCCUGACAUGGUCGACGACUUUCAGUUCAUUGACGACGGCUCCAGUAACCCCGUGCCCGCUGAGGUGCCCACUGCCACCUCAACGCUGGAGGAGAUGGCCCUCUACAGAAACAAGCGCAAGCUGAGGCAGGGCCGCCGCAGCCUGGAGACCGCCGUGCCCACAUAACACCUCACACACACCUACCGCAGGAGACUCGGGUGUGAUACACACACACACACACACACACAGAGGUGGCGCUGGGUCACUAUACACUACACACACACACACACACACACACACACACACACACACACACACACACACACACACACACAAGUUUGGGAGAUGCGUCCCAUGUAACCACUGCAGAGACUAUGAUGCUGAUAAUCAACAAACACACAUACCAUGUCAUGUCCUGCGUGCCAGUCUUGCCUUGACAGUCUGAGGAUGAGUUGGCAUGAACACAAGGCCCAACGUUCCCGAUACCAGGGAGGAGGAGGGCCUGUGAGGCUAGCAUUACUUUUCAGUUUUCCUUUUUAUUUGGGUUAUUUUUCUUCAGUUUGCGUUUUAGAAGCUGAAUUAUAUUAACAGGCGACUUAUGUUUUUAUUUUUGCGCCUCUGGUUUUUUGCAGUUUUAAAAUAAAAAUGUGUUCUGGAAGAGCAAUGGGGGGGGGGGGAAAUGAAAUGUGUACCUGUAAUACUAACUUUUCAGAUGCUAUUUUGGAGGUUUUCAGUGAAUAGAUUGUGAAAUGUCAGGGUUUUUAGCGGGCUUUAGGGAAGGGGAGUGUAUAUAUUGUAGGAGGUGGGAACAUACUGCUACCUUCACUGCCACGUGUGCAAUGCAUUUUAAACACUACGUACAUAUCUCGAUUGCACUGCCGCACUGCUUAGAAAACAUUUUAAUCUUUUUAAAUAAUUUAUUUUGCUUGUGUUUUAUUACUCUAAUCUAAACCCUCCCCUGUAAUACAUUGUUGUUAAUCCCUGUACAACCAAACAAUGGUGCGGUGCAUAGCUUUUUAUUUAUCCCUAAUGACAUCAAAGCAUAUGAUAUCAUAUUCAUAUUAUUCAUAAUAAUCUUAUGAGGCAACCGCCAUUCUUUUUUCCACUUUUUUUUUUUUCAUCCUCAACUCGCUUUUUUGGGGGGGACAAUGAAUACAUUUGUUUUCACUUUGUUGCUGCACCGGCCUAAACCAGGUUCUGACUGAUGAAACGUCCCUAAUGUAGCAUGGUACAUGUACAGGCUGUCACAUACUCUUGUAGGGAAACUGAUCUCAGUACAGUUUGUGAUAUCAGUGGACCAGAGUAAAGGAGCUCCAACUGUCCUAGACCAGGUUUAUGAGAGUUUGUCAGAAUCCCAUUCUAGAGAAUGUAACUACACUGGAGAGACCAGCAGACAUGCAUAUAUUGACAGAAAUCUGAUGAGCCUCUAGUCCUAAUUCAAAAUGGCUGUCAAUUUGUGAACAUAAACUCAGUUUCAGCUUCAUCUCCAUUGACAUUAUACGGUACUUUCCCAGCCCUUUUUGGGAACAUAAUUUGUCAAUGUGAAUCUCACUCAUAUCUUUCAUAUCUGGAUGGUAUUCCAGAUUUGGCAGGUGAAGGUAGCAGGUGUUUGCUUAUUUUUGUAUCUGUCUUUGGUUAAUUUAAAUCUGACGCCACUGAAAAUCCUUUAUCAUUGUGUGAAUAAUGUACAAAAUACUAAAAGGAAAGCAAAACUUAACGGUCGGAACUGAGCCAGUCUACUAAGCCACGACCAAGCAAGUGUCUGGACUGGGGAGCUCUCUCUCUCUCUUGCUCGCUCUCUCACUCUUGCUCUCUUUCUCUCGCUCUCUCUGCAUGUAUAUUGGCUUUACUGUGAGAACCUGUAGAGGCAGAAAACAUUUUGUUAAUCCCUCUUGAAAUCUCAUUCGACCAUCAUUCUCAAUCUGUCUUUCCUCUGCUUUACCUGCUGCUGUCAGUGGAUGUUAUCUGAUUGCAGCAUUGUUGGAGAAGUGCAUUUUAAUCAUAGCUUUCUGUGUAGCUCUCCCUGACUGAAAUUCAGUUAGGUUGAUAACAUUUGCAAUUGGCUGAUUUUCUUAGUAGGUAAAACUUUCCAGACAAUGGGAUUCACUACAUUUUUAAGGCAGAACUGUUUGAUCUUUUUUUGGUUACUCUCUUCUUGAAUUCUCUUGGGGCUGUUGUUUUUCCAAAUGGGUCAGAGGAGAAGGGCAGAAGUGCUGGGGUCAAGAGUUAGAGCUCAUCCAAGACUGUAACUAGUGAAUUUGUACAACCAAAGAAGUCUAUUUUGUCGUUCAGGAACAAUAAAAUUUACUUUUCAUUUAACAAGCUGA